AUGAUCUUAAAUGGUCGACUGACUUUAGCAGUUCGAGGCACAGAAAUGUGGGAUGAUUUUAAAUCAUGGCCGUCGAUAAAUCACAAAUGGCACAAACCUAAAUUCACUUCUAAAGAACAAAGAUUAAAAAUUGACGUACAAGACUUUAAAAAUUCUGCUGAAAUAAAGAGUCAAACUAAAGAACUAAGCAGUUCUCAGCGUAAUUACAUUGAUCUAACCGUCGGAUUAUACUCAAGCAAUUCAAGUAUUUUGCCAAUAAUUCCGUUCUUCGAUUCACAACCAGUGAUAACAAAUCCGCCAGCACCAAUUGAUGAAGUAAUUAAUCAUCCACGACCAAUAACAAACAACGACAGUAACCGCGAAAAAAUAUUAGAGUCUUUUAAUAAAAUUUACAAGUGGUGCAAAAAUUUUGAUGAUUCGACUAUUAACCACCUGGGUGAUGUCUUUAAGUCACAAAUUAAUUGGUACGAUCAGGCGGAAAGCUUGAAAAGUAAACUAACUAAUUCAGAUGCUAAAAAGGAAAAAGAAGAUGCGAUUUUUUUUGACAUUUUUGAGCUUAUUGAAACUAAAUUUCAUAAUCAAUUUAUGGACUAUCUUAUGGAUUAUGAUGGAUGCAAUCCUGAUACAAUUGAUCGGUUCAUUGGGAAUAUUAUUGAUAAUAAAAAUUAUCAGGAUAUGAUUGAUUUGAUUAAUAAUUUUAUUACUUUGACUUCUGGGUCAAAUACAUUUCUUACCUGCGAUGAUACACCAGCGUACGAACAAUUUUACAAUUUGUACGAAAGAGUUUUAGCGACAACCAGUAAAGCAUAUACAAUGCUUAUUUGCACUUUUAAAUUCCGUCAAUUAAGAUUGUCAAAUUUCAAUUUAUUCGAAAGAGAACAACAUAUUACUUUGGAAAAUUUUAAAAGUUCACUUAAAGAAAUUACUAAGUCAGCUAAAUACUAUUUAGGAACAAUUGACAAUCCUAUUUACAAGUCAUACAAAAAUUGCGAUCCUGAAAGCUGGAAAGAAGGUGAACAUUACAUUCGAGUAAAAAAUUAUGUAGCUUAUUACGAUCCAUCAAUUACAUGGGAUGUAAAUAGAGGUAUGACUUUUGAAUACAAUUAUUCGAAAGAGAAAUUCUGUCCCAAAGUCAACAGAGACUAUGUUUUACCAGUACACAAUAAAAUGUCUUCAUCGUGUAUUGAAAACAAAGACAACAAGCUUCAAAAGUUGUGCGCAUGCGGACUAUCUUCAGACAUUUGGGACAGUGUUAAUACACUGAGUUUGAGGCAAUUUUUGGUAGACACCACGAAAGAUCAGUUUGUUGUUAAAAACGGAAUUAUAACCUUAGAAAUAAGACAAGGAACAAUGGUUAAUGGCGCUGUUGAUCAACGAACAGUAUUUUGGAACACUAGUUUCGGUUUCGCAGAUGAACCGCCAGAUGUCGUUAGACUUAAUUACCAUGUGAAGACAAUUAACCUUGAUACAAUUGAGCUUCCCGAAGGACAAUUUGUUACUGGAAUUAAAUUCGAAGUACUAACUGAUAAUCACAUUACACUUGUAAUUCGUGGAUCGGAAAUGUACCGAGAUGAUAAAGUUUUUACGUCCAUUCAUGAUGAGUGGCACUAUCCUCCCGCGGAGAAUCCCGAAAAUACCAGGCACAAUUUUAAAUUGGAAGACUUUAAAAAUCCAGCAGAGUCAUCGCUUAAAAACAACGAAUUAAGCCGAUCAGGACAGAAUUACGUUCGACUCACUGGAGGAGUUUACUCUCGGCUCUUCAAUAAUUUUGCAGUAAUUCCUUUUAUCGACUCACGGGCUGUUGUCUCGUCUCCUCCGGCACCGCUCGGAGGACUAGGGCUGUUUUACAAAGGACAGCCAGGAUACGGUGGAUUUAUUGCGCUUAAAUAUAUUUUGUCUAAGUACAAUCUUAAUGUCGACGAAAGAAUUCUUUCUAUCAAUUAA